GCGUCCCUCGACCUACGAGCUGGAGGGUUUUCGGCGCAAACUGAGCUGAGCUUGUUCUCGGUCCGCGAGGAACUAACAUGUCUGGAAUCGCCAUCGCUAGACUCUCGGAAGAGCGAAAGGCGUGGAGGAAAGACCACCCGUUCGGAUUUGUCGCCCGGCCAACCAAGAACUUGGAUGGAACGUUAAACCUGCUCAACUGGGAGUGUGCCAUCCCUGGAAAACAGGGGACGCCCUGGGAAGGAGGCCUGUACAAGUUGCGCAUGGUCUUCAAGGAUGACUACCCCUCGACGCCGCCGAAGUGCAAGUUCGAGCCCCCCCUGUUCCACCCGAACGUGUACCCGUCGGGUACGGUGUGUUUGUCCCUGCUCGACGAGGAGAAGGACUGGAGACCUGCGAUCACCAUCAAGCAGAUCCUGCUGGGCGUUCAAGACUUGCUCAACGAGCCCAACGUCAAGGACCCGGCGCAGGCGGAGGCAUACACCAUUUAUUGCCAAAAUGCCCUGGAGUACGAGAAGCGCAUCCGAGCACAAGCGAAACAGAUGGCAUCGUCAGAGUGAAGGAGAUGAAGAAGAGCCUGCCCUCACUUUUCCACCCCAGCGGCCUCUACAAUUUCGUCGGCCGCCACUUGCAGAGCUUUGCGAUUGGGCCACCCUGCACAACCCAACCUUGCCACUGGUUCCAACCGACAUCGAUUGGCUCUCUUUAUAUCUUAAGUUCUGUAAAUAAAGUCUUCUCUUUUUUUUUA